ACCAAAAUGGCGUCUUGGUGAUGAGGUCUUUCACGAACUUGUAGACUUUCUUCGCGGUUUUACAGGAGUUUUAUUUGUUUCACUCAGCAUAGGUGCAAUGUGAUGAUGUCUUUGCAAGGUAAGAAACUGCAAACGAAGUCAACAAAUCAAAAGAAAGACGGCAAAACCAAAGAAGAAACAGCUGAAAAAGUCAAAGCAAUUCGUGAAAAACAAAGUCUGUGGAUGAAGGAAAGAGAAGCUUCUAAGUCAUCGUCCACAAAAUUGAAGUCUUUGAGCAAAGAUAUUACUGCACUGCCAGAUGUGCCAAAGUUUCGAGCCCGUUCGAGUUUGUCUAGUGGUUCAUCGUCUGAAAAUGCUGUCAAUAGAAAUCCAUACAGUAAUCCACGAAGGAAACCUUUGUAUCCCGAGCCACAGAGAGAUCAUUCAGAUGUAGUUCCAUGGAUAUCCAAGGGUGAUAACCCUGUUUCUAGGAAACAGAGACCUCCUUCUGCCUCAGGUAGUCACAAAAGAAACCCAAGCUUAAAUCAUACGGAAGACAGCAGUGACCAUCACAUGCAGUAUGCUCCAUCGAAUUAUGCAAACUCGAAUUCUUCUGGGUCUUUAAAUAGCACAGCUCUCACUACUAGUCAACAGACUCUCCAUAACAAGCAAAGGCCAUCAUCACGAACUUCCUUAAAAUCUGAUACAAGUUGUCAAGUUGGUGAUCAAAUUGAUAGGGACAUAUAUAAUGAUGAAUCAUCAGAUAGGAACAGAAAAAUUUAUGGAAAUACAGUCACUAAUUCCUUUAGCGAUACUGUAAUUAACACUCAAAACAAGGAUAGUCUUUUAAGCGCUUCUUCUGAGAAACACAACACUCCAGAGUUAUCUGCUGAUAUGCUCAAUGCGUUAGCAGAUACUGUUGCAGAGAGGUUAAAAGCGUCAUUGCAACCUAGUGUCAGUCAUAAACAACAGCAAAAGAAUACCCAGGAAAAUAAUGAAUCAGGUAUUGCCAGCCACUCUUGUCCACUCUGUGAAAAACUAAUGAGUGGUCCAAGACACACACCCAUGGCUGCAAUACCUUGCGGACACACUUUUUGCCAGGCAUGUUUACGUGAUUGCAAGAAAUGCCCAACAUGUCAGACUGUUGUUAAGUCCACUGCAGUAAACACUGUAAUUCAGCAAAUAAUAUCUGACUUCAAAAUGCAGAAGGAGAAGGAGAGACUUCAAAAGCUGGAAGAGCAAACAAGACAAUAUGUAGAAGAAUACCAAUCUCUUACUCUUAGAUGUAAUGCAUUGAAUGGUGAGGCUGAGAGCAUUCUUGGGACCAUGGAAGAAGUAACGGAACAGCUCCUGGAUGAAAAGAAACUGAUCAAGAAACUAGAAAUGGAUGAAAGUGAACUGCGACAGAAAAUAAACCGUCUGCAAACUGAACUUGAUGGCAUUAAGAUUAAAGAAGAAGAUUGUAAGGAAAGAUGCCAAGAUUUGGAGCAAAGAUACAAUGAAGAGAAAGAAAGGUUGUCCAUGGUUGAAGACACUGUACAAAGAAUUAAACAGAGUAAAGAACGGGUUAAAAUGAUGGUGCAUAACUUUGCUCCAGCGUUAAACCUUGAUGACUAUGAUUAGUGUCUAAGCAUUGAUAACAAUGCUGCAAUUUUGGUUGCUUUUUGUAUCCAUAUGUCAAAACAUUGUUGCAUCUUAAAUU